AUUCGUCGACACAGAUUCGGUUUGGUGAUAUAACGUGUCGUUCACUCCCCGCUCCACCGGCAAUCCCAGCAUACACCGCGCCUCAUUAGCAUAAAACAUUCCGGUAUCUACAAGAGCCGAGCGAACACAGGCAGCUCCGGAGAGCUACGAACGCGUCUGAAUCAAACAUAAUAUUAACGCACAGCGGCGAACAUGAGCGACAGCGAGAAACUGGACAAGCAGCGGCUGAAGAACUUCAAGAAUAAAGGGCGCGAUCUGGAGACGAUGAGAAGACAGCGGACGGAGGUGGUGGUUGAGCUCAGAAAGAAUAAGAGAGACGAGCACCUGCUGAAGCGGAGGAACGUGCCGCAUGAGGAUGUCUGUGACGAUUCUGACGCGGAUGGAGAUUUCAGAACUCAAAACACUUCUCUUGAAGCAAUAGUGCAGAAUGCGACCAGUGAUAACCAGGGCAUUCAGCUCAGCGCCGUUCAGGCCGCCAGGAAGCUGCUGUCGAGUGACCGCAACCCUCCUAUAGACGACCUGAUCAAGUCUGGGAUUCUGCCCAUCCUGGUGCACUGUCUGGAUCGAGAUGACAACCCAUCUCUGCAGUUUGAGGCGGCCUGGGCUUUGACCAACAUCGCGUCGGGCACAUCUGAGCAGACUCAGGCCGUGGUGCAGUCGAAUGCGGUUCCUCUGUUCCUGCGUCUGCUGCAUUCUCCGCAUCAGAACGUGUGCGAGCAGGCGGUUUGGGCUUUAGGGAACAUCAUCGGUGACGGUCCUCAGUGCAGAGAUUAUGUCAUCAGUCUGGGAGUGGUUAAGCCGCUCCUGUCCUUCAUCAGCCCCUCCAUACCCAUCACCUUCCUCCGCAACGUCACUUGGGUCAUGGUCAACCUGUGCCGCCACAAGGACCCGCCCCCGCCCAUGGAGACCAUCCAGGAGAUUCUUCCUGCGCUGUGCGUGCUCAUCCACCACACUGAUGUCAACAUCCUGGUGGACACGGUCUGGGCGCUGUCCUAUCUCACCGACGCUGGCAAUGAGCAGAUCCAGAUGGUCAUUGAUUCUGGGAUCGUACCGUACCUCGUGCCCCUACUGAGCCACCAGGAGGUCAAAGUUCAGACGGCAGCUCUGAGAGCGGUGGGGAAUAUUGUGACGGGAACUGAUGAACAGACUCAGGUGGUGCUCAACUGUGACGCUCUGGGUCACUUCCCAGCCCUCCUCACGCACCCCAAAGAGAAGAUCAACAAGGAGGCUGUGUGGUUCCUGUCCAACAUCACAGCAGGAAACCAGCAGCAGGUUCAGGCUGUCAUUGAUGCCAGUCUAGUGCCCAUGAUCGUUCUGCUGCUGGAUAAGGGAGAUUUUGGCACUCAGAAGGAGGCGGCGUGGGCCAUCAGCAACCUAACCAUCAGCGGCAGAAAGGAACAGGUGGCGUACCUGAUCCAGCAGCAGGUGAUUCCUCCCUUCUGUAACCUGCUGAUUGUCAAAGACGCUCAGGUGGUGCAGGUGGUUCUGGACGGACUCAGUAAUAUCCUCAAGAUGGCUGAUGAUGAAGCCGAGACUAUUUCCAACCUGAUCGAGGAGUGUGGAGGUUUGGAGAAAAUCGAGCAACUGCAGAACCACGAAAAUGAGGACAUCUACAAACUGGCUUAUGAAAUAAUCGAUCAGUUCUUCUCAUCUGAUGAUAUUGACGAGGACUCCAACCUGGUUCCCGAAGCGAUCCAAGGAGGAACGUACAGCUUCAAUUCUUCUACCAACGUGCCAGCAGAAGGGUUCCAGUUCUAGACGCGACGGGAAACCUGGAGUUUUGUUUGUGAUGCAGCACUCUGUUCAACAUUAAAAAUAAUUAGAGCGAAAGCGAGCGAGCGAGAGAGAGCGCGAGAGAGUGUGAGAAUUAUUAUAUCCGUUGUGCUUGGCUGAUGGGAUCCAGCUGCAUCUGAUCCGAGAGAAAUUGAGUGGAGCUCCUUCUGAAGGAAGCAUCCAAACGGCUUUGAGUGGAUGCGAGUGAGAGUGAGUGGCUGACUACUACGUUUCAAAACACGUCCAUCUAAACCGAACGCGUGUCUUUUCAACAAAACCAAACCGAACCAAUGGGAAUAACGAAGACGUCUCACGUGAAUAAUCUGAGGUAAGAACGCUAAAGGAGAACCUCACCACCAACGCCAACAACAAAGAGACGCGAACACACUUCUGAGGUGGCCUGAGGCGCACGUGUGUGUGUGUGUGUGUGUGUGUUUGAGAGCGUGUGUGUGUGAGUGGCCCCUGAGCUGAGGGGCCGCGUUCAUCUGAUGUGCUGGAGAACGGACCCAGCAGACCAGAGCCCUCUCUCUGCACUCUAGCGGCACGUCAUUGUGCUGCGUGUGCGCAAGUGAAUGGACGUGAAGGUGUGUGUGCUUGACUGACUGACUGACUGGUGAAACGCAGGACUGAAUGUAACGAACGCAGCAAGUCGACAUCGUGUGGAAGGUGACCGAUCUGGGAAUUCAAUGGGAAAUUGUGGGAUAGCCUGGAAGAGGAGGCUAAAUGAAUAAUAAUAAAAAUAAAAAAAAAAUCACCUUCAAUGGAACGACUGGACAUCAGUGAUCUAAAGAAGACAAUGUCAUGACUUUAAUUUUCCCUUUUAGAUAUCAUUUAGUGUUGAUGACACUGGACUGAGCUUUGGGUGUUGCGUCGAGGAGAUCGUUGGGGAUGUGCAUUUUGUCCCAGUGUGCUUUGUUUUUCCCUCCUAUUUUUUUCUUUUGGUCUCUCCCCCCCGUUUCAGCUUUUAUUUUUCAGUGCUUGUGUAAAUACAUGUAAUACACAUUGUGCACUGUUGUACCUUUGCACAAAUAUGGGCUGUUGUACAUUUAGACCUAUACCGCUCUGCUUUCACGAUGAGUUUCCGCCUUUUCUGUUCUUGGGAAUAAAUCCAGCUCCAUCUGUGGCCCGAUGGCUUUGAGCCGUCACGUGAUCAUGUGAGGAGGUGUUUUAUGUGUGAGAGGUUUCAGAAAUAGCCUUUUGCAUGUUGCGGCAUAGUUCAUUUUAGUGGGUUUUAGUUUUGUAAGUGUAAGCGGUUUUUUUUCUUUUCUUUAUUUUUACAAGUACCUACUGUAAUGUUUGUGACUUGUUUUUUUCUGUCCAUUUAUGCCCCUCACCGUUAAUGACCGACAAGCAAUUCUCCACCGUUUUGCACGCUGCAGCAUUGGAGGAGUGUAAACGAUAGCAAGAUGGACAAAACUCAAGCUCCUGCUUGUAGUGCAAAUACAGAGUCCAUCUUUAUUUGUAGAUAUUCGUGUUCAGUGUUGAGCGUGUCUCUGGCGGACUGUGCUGUGCCUUCAUCUUAAAGCACGUACAGGUGACGGUAUGAAAGCGCUGUUUCUACUAUAGGUUUACCAUCCUUUUGUUUCUUAAUUUUAGUUGACUGUAGAGCUGUCUUUGUUUUGCAUAACCUCUUGAUGGCUACAUUACAUUUUAUUUACAGCCCACCCUCCCCAACAGCAUUCCUUGUUUGCAAAUAUGUAGUUUCAAAAGAAGAAAAACUAGAUGGUAUACCUAUCCUGUUGGACAUAGACUACAGGCUCUGUACCUACUCAAAUAAAUAUUCAAAUGUGUCACACUGCUGCCUCUCUGUUGGUGAUCUGAUCUGAGAGUUUUU